AUGAUCUUUGCCACAUUAGUUGCAGUUUCACACACAACACAUCCAAAUGGUGCAUCUCAACCUCAGAAAUAACCAUUGUGUGGUGGUAAGUGCAGUUGUAUCAUUGCUGAGCCAAGUCCUGCAGGCCACCCCAGGACUGGUGCUGCCAGUAGAGAGAACCACUGGACUGGGUUGUAUACCAGAGGGCAGGACUGUCAGCUAUGAGUGCACUGUCACUGAUGAUGAUGGUAGUCGCUCAACAUUGUGGCGAGGAAGUGCAUUCAACUGUUCCAGCAGCUCAUCCCGGAUCUUAUUAAUACAUAUUCUAUUUCAGCCUAAUGGAGAGAGUCGUACUUGUGGUGGUUUGUCUGCCAUGAGUGUUGGGGUUAGUGAAGAUAACUACACCUCAAGACUAACUCUAACAGCAACUGUUGGACUGAAUGGAAGUACUGUUGAGUGUAGUCGGAGUGGUACAGUUGUCCUCGGAAGCGAUACCUUAAGAACUGGUUCUUCUCCUUCUCCCGCACAAAGUGUCAUGGUGGAUGUCACUUCCACCUCAUUCCUCACUGUUAGUUGGACCCCACCCUCCGAUACCAGCAAUGUGGGAAGAUACAUGUUCACAGUGACUGGAGAGGAUUGUGGAUGUGAGAGUAUGAAUAUCAGUCCUAGCACUACCAGUGUGAGCUGUUCUGGAUGGACACCCAGUGGUCAGACCUGCUCCUUUGAAGUGAGGACUGUCUCUCAAGAUUGCGGGUUUAUCAGUGAUUCUGUAGCACAAGGUAUUUCUCUAAGAGUACCUUCCAGUCCAACUGGGCUACAAGUGAUGACAUUGUACAAUCAGUACGGAAGUACCGACUACCUUGAAGUGCAUUUCAUGGGUGUGCAGUCCACCUCUCCACUUGGUGCUAACCUGGACUCCACUAUCAGCUACACAGUCACAUUAACAGGAACUAGAGCCACCCUUCAAUUUAAUGGAGUUAACUGUAACACUACCAAUUACUGCACACUCAGAGUGAAUGGGUCCCAAAUUUCUCCGGCUGACCGCUAUACUGUCAGUGUUGUUGCGUCUAAUAUCUUUGGCCAGGGGGCACCAGUUAUCUUCGCAAAUCUAGUUGGAGUGUGUCUGGUGGAAUGCGACCCUGAAGUACUGGGAGCAAGCCCUUCAUCUCAAAGAAGUGCUGGCUCAGUGGCUGUACCCAAUGGAGUGGUGACCUACAGUGGUGUGGUUCUCGGCUCUGUUGCUACCUUAACAUGUGACACUGAGUACUACAGUAUUGCUAUAAUGAGUAUAAUAGGACUUGUAUGAGUGACGGUCACUGGAGUAAAGGGACCCUGAGAUGUGAGCAAGAAACUACAACUACAGCAGAAUGUGAAUGUUGUUGCUAUAGAAAACAGUCUUUCUUUUGGAGUCUCUGUUGCUCUUGCUGUUAUUCUGACGUUCCUGCUGACCCUGGCUCUAGGAAUCUCCAUUAGACUCCUGGCAGUAAACAAGUUUAGGAGGUCCGAGAAUACAACUCUGCAAACUGAAACUGAAAUGAUGCCACCACCCGUGAUAUAUGAAGAUCUUAAUGACAUUAAACCAGACCCCUUUACUCAAGGGAACGUUGCUUAUGAGCUAGUAAAGCCCAACUGACAAUUUACUUUAUAUAAAAAAAAGUAUAUUAGCUACUAUUACAGUAGCCUGUCCAGAAUAUUUGCAUUAUGCACUGUUUAGUUAAUUAGUUAGGAUAUCAUAAUUAUGUUUACUACA